UUGUUUACAAUUUCUACUGUAUGUAUAGCCUAAAUCUUUUCCAUUUUUAUGCCUUAUUAUUUUUUACUAGGAGAUUGAAAUGAUGAAACAUGUUCUCUAAAGAUAGAAUAAGACAUACAAGCAUGAAACCUGCUGAUGCGAAUGGUCCACUUCAGAACCACGGACAGCAACGGCAGAGAUUUAGAAAGGACGGGAGAAAUUGGCCCAAAAUAACAGAAAUGUCCUCAGCUGUAAUGUGGCUGAAGUUCACCUAAAAGGUUGUUUUUUCAUUUCUAUUUUUUGCUCUUUUUACUCAGGCAUAAGAGGCGCGUGAUGUUUGACAGUGGGUCUCGCUCAUAUGUAGGAUAGGUGACUGAGUCACGUGACUGCUGUGGGUCGCUCUGCGCUCCGCGUCUCUUGCCGGGGCUCCGUGUGAACGCGCAGGGCUUUGUUGCACGCAGACACACGCACGCCUCGGGUCGCUAGUCCUCAGUCAUGCCAUGGAUGCUCUGUGGCAGUACCAGUUCAGGAUCAUCCUCCUCGGGGACUCCACGGUGGGGAAGUCGUCGCUGCUGAAGCGCUUCACGGACGGGAUUUACAGCGACGUGGCGGACCCCACGGUCGGCGUGGAUUUUUAUGCCCGAUCGCUCGAUAUCGAGCCCGGGGUUAAAAUCAAGCUGCAGCUCUGGGACACGGCCGGUCAGGAACGAUUCAGGUCCAUCACAACAUCAUAUUAUCGCAACUCUGUUGGAGGGCUGCUCGUCUUUGACCUCACCAACCGCAAGACCUUUGACCAUGUGAGGGAAUGGCACAAGGAGGUGAGUGAGCACAUCCUGCCUCACCACAUGGUCUACAUCCUCAUCGGCCACAAAAGCGACCUCCAGAAAGAUCGCAAGGUGAGUCGGGAUGAGGCAGAGCAGCUUGCGGCCGAGCUGGGCAUCCGCUACGUCGAGACUUCGGCCAAGUGCAACAGCAAUGUGGAGCGGGCCUUUGAGCUGCUUACCAGAGACAUCUACGAGCUUAUGAAGAUGGGCGAGAUCGAGACCCGGGAUGGCUGGGAUGGGGUGAAGAGUGGUCUUACUGCCAAAGUCCUCUACCCAGGUGAGGACGAAGAGGAACUAGCUACUGCGUCUGCCGAAAAGGGAUGCCACUGCUGACUGAGAAAUUUUUGGUACCCGCCGUCCCAUCUCACCCAAAUCUCACCAUGCUCCUCGAUGUCCAUGGAGGCCAAACCUCUCAGGCUUCACCCACUGUGGAAUCACUUCCUCACAUUGUGGUUUUUGUGCCCCGUCUGUGUGUGGGUCGCUCUGACGACUAGGAUUGAAGGGAUUAUGUGCCUUUGAUUGGCAUGAUGCGUGGUCUGUUGUACUGGAUCUGACCAGUUUGGGACUUUCUCUGUAGACACUGAAGGACAAUUCCCGCAGUGUGGCACCACUUCCCCUUCGUGCUAACAGUGUAUGUGAAACUGUAAAUAAUACUAACAUCCUUGCAGUUUAUGAGGUCACAGGUGAAGUGAACACGCCCUCUUCAGGUCUCACCAUGUGCGGCUACUGUUGCUCUAAAGCUCUUCAGUUUCGGCAAACUUUGUGAAAAAUAGAUGACUUUGUAAAUAGAUAAGUUAUAUCUUUAAACAGAGAGAUACUGCUGUAAAGGAGUGUUCAUAUAGAUAGAUGGAUCUUUGUAAGCAGGUUUGGUGACGCCACUUAGGUUUUUGUAAAUAGUGUCACAGAGACAUUCACCAGAGGUUCAACCUUCACCAGAUCUUUAUUUAACGCAAGACGAAGACAGAUGGUUGCCUGGAACAGUUGGUAAGCUUUGGAAUUCUGGGAAUCAGAUUCAUGGUCAAGCAUUAUUUUCCUAAUAUAAGACAUUAUGAAAUCAAUAUUUAUAGUAAAAUGCAGCUGUCCGGCACUUUAGAACCUGCAGAAUAAAACCACGAGGUUUUGAUCUAAUGUUUUUCAUGCAAAAUACUCCAUAUAUAUUCAGGAUAUAAAUAACACUACAAGAACUUGAAUUCAUUUGAAAAAUUAGGAAUAUUUCUACUGUGUUUAAGUUUGCUUAUGUUUUUUUCAGCAUUUGUCUCACUUCUUCCAAUUUCAUGGUCCUUUUAUUUAAACCACUGAAAUAAUAUUUGGCCUUUAAAUGAUUCUGCAUGAGUUAUAGUUUAAACACUGUAGAAGUCUGCGUUAAACCUUGUAAACAGGGGCUCAGAUGAGCGACCAUCUCUGUACCUAGUAGCAAACUAGCAUACAUUUGGUCACAAGAAACUUCUCAGAGACUUUUCAUGUUAUUUGAGAACGGGGCAGGAGAUGGGAAGUUCCAGUCAGAACAGACCCCCCCCCCCCAUGUUAAAAAACUGCUUCUAAAAAUGAUCUGUGUAAGGAAAUACGACAAAAUGCAAGAAAAUAUCAUCGCUUUUCUACAAAACCCUGGACAUGACAUAAAAAAAAGAAAUUGUUCCCUGGAAUGAGUAUUUUGUGUACACAAACACUAACUUGUGUGCACAAAAUGCUAACUUGGGUGCCCAAACGGUAAACGUCUGUGCUCAAAUGUUUUUAAUUUGUGCACACACAGGCCCAUUAAAAAUGCCAAUUUAAUGCUAAAUACUUUAUAUGUGUUUAAUCACAUGUAAACUUAACUCCGCCCAAAGUCUCCAAAUCUUCCAAACCUGCAGCUUUUGAGGGAGACCCAUCAGAAGGGCUGGAGGAGGAGAAUGAAGCUGUGACAGAAGCACUCGAAUACAAACAGGAAAAGGUGGGAACUUUUCAAAGGUUUGCUGACUGACUGAUGCUGAUGGACUCAAUACCAGAACCAAAUGCUCCACCCUGCUCCAGAACUUCCUUUACAGGGUCCAUUUUAUUAGAAAAAAAGGGAACAAAGAGCAAAUGUUGAGGGAUUCACAUGAGAAUGUUUCAUAUCAGUCAGAUGAUGAUGAUGAUGAUGCGCUUCUUAAGUUCAAACAAAGUGCCAUUCUUUAACUUCUUUUAUUUAAAGAUGAUUUCCAAUAUAAGUGGAUGAAAGCUUCUGUGUUUGAAAAAUCUUGUGAAUUCAAUACAUUUUACUGUAUAUUAAAACAGAGAAAACAUAAUUCUUCUCAUUUUCAUCAUGGACUUCUGCAGAGACGGGUAUCCAGCUGUCAACCUUGCACAUCAGAUAAACCAACAGUUGUGAGGGAAAAACAGUUACGUUUCUGUUUUUAAUGGAGAACAUUUACUUUAUUAAGAAAACAACAAGGUAAACUUCAAAACACAUACUAAUCAGUGAGUUAGCAUAACCCUUUUAACUGCCUCCAAACACAUUUUGAAAACAUACUUUUAAAAACAUUGAUUUUUACUCGCCCAGGAUAUUAAGAAAUAGAGAAAAAAACGUGUCUUUAUUGAUUUUUCGCCUUGGUUGGGUUGUUAAAACGAUAAAGAGCUGAUCAGACAUACUCACAAUCCGUCCAGCAAUGCAUGAUGGGCAUUGAAGUCCUGUUUCACUGCACACCACUUUGAAGUGUCAUCAAGAUGUUUUGCUUUUGAGUAAAACUCAGUUUUCUGUUAUGAAACAGAAGACAGUGUUCAUUGUGUGUAAAAACAUUACACUUUUAUUAUUUUAAAGAUAAAUAUGCUAUUUUCAUGAGCUAUAAACACUUUGAUUUGAACAAAUCUAGUUUUUUUCUACAGUAAAUUAUAUUUAAUACAUGUUUAAAUUAAAAAGUCUAAAAAAGAAGCUUAACUUUACUGCUGGAUCUUGAUCAGAUUUGUGUUCCUUUAGAUAAAAGCAAAAUUGUUUCGCUGCAAGCCCACAUCAGCUCAUUUGCAGAUCAGAAAACCUGUCCCCAACCUUCAGUCUGCUCAUUUGUUUUUUUUAUUUUGUUAUCCAGUGUAUGGAUCUGUCUUUAUGCAACAAGAAGGAUUGUAUUUGGACACACCCGCAGCAUCCCUUUAGUUUUACAUUCCGUUUACAUUUAAAUGCUGAUAAGUUGCUGCACAGCUGCCCCUGCUUUGCUUUAACGUUCUUCGUGUGGGCAGCGACCAGGGAUAGUCUGCCUAUCGUUCCAUUCAAUUGAUUUAAUUUUUUUCUAGCUCCCUGCUGCCUUUCACUUGCAUCUCUCUCAUUUUGGCACAUUAUGUAAUAUUGUAGACAAUAGGACCCUGUUCUGCUGUAAACAAAACUCCAAAUGUUGAAGCGUCGACAUGAACGUUUCAGGUUUAAUCUGCAUUUAAUUUUAAAGUAAGAGUAGAAAAAUCUGAAAAAUGUAUUUUUCUCUGUCAUUCAUUAAGAACAAACUUUACUUCUGCAGAAUAUGGAUCAGUAACAAAAUGUUUCAUCAGUAUAUUUUUUUUUUGUAAAAGAUGGAAUUUAGGAAUGAGUGAUGACAAUGAUUCAUGGAAAUUCAGGAACAACAACUGUAAAACGGAAGGAGGGUACGAUAGUUCAUGGCUUGCAGUUUUGCUCUGAUCACAGGUGGACGUUUUCAUUUUCUCAAGUAAAAGAAAAAGCACAUGCUUUUAUUUUGAAGCAUUUUAUUGCAAGUGUUUUUGAUUUGUUGGUUUGGAUUCAAGCAUGUAAGUUUGUUCAGAACAUAAAAUGUUGCUAUCAAUGACAUUCCACUGCAUUUUUCAAAUAAAUGUUUUUGUUUUAUA